UGACAAGACAAUUUUAAACGGCGACUUCUUUACCGUUCUAUCCGUUCUGAUUUCCCACCAAAUGGUGUAUUCUUCACUCCCAAUUCCCAAUUGUUAGGGUUUUGAUUCAAUUUCAAUGGAAGCGCCACUCUCAUCUCCACCUCCGCUGAUGAAUCGGAACCAGAGGUCGCCGUCUCCGCCGGCGACAACCAUUGCCGAUCUGAACGUGGAUUCGCUGGCUCAGUGCGCCAGCUACCUCAGUCUCCAGGACCUCUCCAACUUCGCCAUGACCUGCAACUAUCUCAAAAAGGUCGCAUAUUCCGACUCCAUCUGGCAGCGCUUCUACAGGGAGCGGUGGCCGCGGAAACCACCGUCCUCCGCCUCGCAAACGCCAGGAGUGAGGGAGGCCUAUCUAUCCAUGCUUAAGGAUUCGCUGCAAUUCAAGUUUGCCGAUCCGAUUGUCGUCGAUUUCUACACCGCUGCCAAUUCAAAUCGUUUGGAUCACAUAUUAUUGGACAAGAAUGAUAUAAUCUUCUCUCAGGGUUCACUGAUACGAGUAUUAACGAUUGAUCGUUGGUUAAACGGAACGGACUCGCCCCUCACUUUAAUUGAUCACAAUGCAAGAAUUACUUGCAUGAGGUUGUUUCCGCUGAAUGAAACAUCUUUAUAUCGAAGCGAAACACAGAAAGAGGAGAAUGCUUUGGUAACUUCAAGCGCUGACCAUUCCAUUCGGCUAUGGUGGAAGGGUGCUUGCCGAAGAUGUUUUAGAGGUCACAGUGGCCCAGUUUCAGCAUUGUCAGAUAAGUUGUUAGGUGAUGGAGCAGGAAAAGUAUUGGCAAGUGGAGGGGAAGAUGGCACCGUUCGCCUUUGGUCUCUUAGCUCCAGUGGGAGACGUGGCCAGCAUGCUUUAAAGGCUACUUUCUAUGGGCAUGAGAAGCCCAUCCGAUUGAUGUCAGUUGCUGGGCACAAUACCUCUCACUUGGUAACCGUUUCAAGAGAUUCUAAGGUGAGGGUGUGGGAUACAAAUGCAUCAUCCUUUGCUCGUUCUUCAUGCUGUGUGGGGAUGACUUCUACUCUUGGUGCCCCUAUAGACAUGAAGUGUCAUGAACAUUUGGUCUAUGUUGCUGCUGGUUCCUCCGUUACAGCAAUUGAUUUGAGGACAAUGCGAAAAAUUGUCAUUGCUGCAGUGGACGCAGAGCUAUAUUCUUUUCAGGCAACGCCAUCCAAAUCUUUAUUCUGCAUAGGCAGCCAUGGCAGAGCGAUGCUUUACGAUAUAAGGAUGAACUGUGGUACCCGGAAAUCAGAACCAAUAGCGGAGUUAGAAGCUGGACACAAAGGGCCGGUGCAUUACUUGCACAUGGACCCAUACAAAAUUGUCACCGGAAGCCCCAAGGAUAUGCAUGUUAACAUUUGGGAGGCUGACACUGGUGCCCUAACAAAUUCCUUGAGCUGUGGUCCUGCAGGUGAAACAGACAGAAGCUCUUUGUUUUCUGCCCUAGCGGUAAAUGGGAGUAGAAUAGUUACUGGAAUCGUCGAUGUCCUCGAUGAUGUGGGAUGUUUACGCUUUAGGGAUUUCACAAAUGCUUCUUGCCCUGUCGUGAAUCGCGACAAAGAUCAUGUUGCAAAGUUUUGGAAUCAGGAGUCGUACAGUGAUACCGAUGGUUCAGAUGACUGAACAGAUUUUACUUGUAGAUGUUGUAUGCCAUAUGACACUUAAAUAUUUGUAGAUGUUAUGACUUAAUUUAUUGGAUUAUUUUCCUUUUUUUUUUUCCAUAACAAAUAUUUCUUUCAUUCA